AUGAGAUUUCUUUUUGCUUCUUCCACCGCCGUCUUGGCUGCCCUUUUAAUCCCAACAUCUAUUGUGGCUCAAGAAAGAUAUUAUAAAUGUGAUAAAGGCCAGAUAUUUUCUGUUUGGAGAAUUAAAAGCUAUGCUGAGAACGCUUCUCUGGAUAAGGCAAAAAAAGGUGAUCCGCUGAGCCCAAGUGGUAGAAGAUACCCCACAUAUCGUUUCAUCACAAUGGAACCAGGCGAACCUUCUUAUGAUUUCAUCAUCCAAGAAGUUGACGAUGUAGAAAUCUACCGAGUAUAUAGAUCAGAUCCACCGAAUUGGAUACAAUGUACUACAGUUGAUGCCAGUCAGUUAUUGAAUUAG